UAUUACGGAGACGAUGAGGCCAAGAAAUAUACAGCGAAUACCCGCAUCCAACAAAUUCAAGCCCAGAUGACGUACCGAGCUUUGGAACUUCUCAACCUUCCGCUGGACGAACCUGCGUUUCUCUUGGACAUUGGCUGUGGUUCUGGACUUUCAGGCGAGAUCCUUGAUGAAGAGGGUUACAUAUGGACGGGCGUGGACAUAUCACCUAGCAUGCUAGAGGUCGCUUUGGAACGAGAGGUUGAGGGUGAUCUUUUUCUGCAAGACAUAGGCCAAGGCUUUGGUUUCCGACCAGGGAGUUUUGACGGCGCGAUCAGCAUUUCAGUCAUACAAUGGUUAUUGAACGCCGAGACGUCACACCCCACAUCGUCGCCACCCCAUCGACUUACCCGGUUCUUCACCACCCUAUACUCCGCUUUGCGAAAUCCGUCCCGCGCUGUUCUCCAGUUCUACCCCACUUCGGACGAUCAGAUACAACUGAUUACUUCCAUCGCUCAAAAAGCCGGGUUCGGUGGUGGAAUCGUCGUCGAUUACCCAAACUCGAAGAAGGCUAAGAAAGUUUUCCUCGUGUUAUACGUUGGGAGUGGUAGCCGUCAGAGCCAACUACCCAAAGGCCUGGAAGGCGAAGAGGCGGAGGAUGAACAGUCACAAGCGAUGUUUGAAAGAAGACGUGCACGAGAGCAAAGAAGGGACAGGUCCGGAAAACGGAAAUCGGUCAAAGAUAAAGACUGGAUUCUCAAGAAGAAGGAGCUAUAUCGCAGGCGAGGGAAGGAGUCGGUACCUCACGAUUCCAAGUAUACUGGUCGAAAACGGAAAGCGAUUUUCUGA